AUGUUUGAAGUGUGUCUGUGCGUAUUUGUUAGUAAAUUAAAAAAAAAAUACUACAUAACUAUUUCUUCUUCUUCUUCUUCUUCUUCUUCUUCUUCUUCUUCUUCUUCUUCACCUUCUUCUCCUCCUCCUCGUUCUCCUCCUUCUUCUCUUCUUCUUUUUCACCAUCUUUUUCUCAUACUUCUUUUUUCUUCCUCUUCUUCUUGUCUUUCUUCUUAUUUCUCACCUUCUUUUGUUUUUUCUUCUUUUUCUUAUUCUGCAGCUGCCUCUUCUUCUUCUCCUUUUCUUCCUUCUCAUUUUUCACCUUCUUCUUCUUCUUUUGUUUUUUCUUCUUCUAUAUCUUCUCCCUCUUUUCCUUCCUCUUCUCCUUCUUCUCCUCCUCCGUCUUCUUCUUCUUCUUUUUCUUCUUCUUCUUCUUCUUAUUUCUCACCUUCUGUUGUGUUUUCUUCUUUUUCUUAUUCUACAUCUUCUUCUCCUUCUUCCUCUUAUUCUUCUCCUCCUUUUCUUCCUUCUAAUUUUUCACCUUCUUUUUGUUUUUCUUCUUCUUUUUCUUCUUCUAUAUCUUCUUCCCCUUCUUUUGUUUUUCUUCUUCUUUUUCUUCUUCUAUAUUUUCUUCUCUUUCUUUUCAUUCUUCUUCUCCUUCUUCUUCCUCACCCUCUUCUUUUUCUUCUUUUUCUUCUUCUUCCCUUUCUUCUUCUUCUACUUCUUCUUCUUCUUCUAAUUUUUCUUCUUAUUAUUAUUAUCAUUAUUUUUCUUCUCCUCUUUCUUCUUUUCUUCUUUCCCUUCUUCUUCUUCUUCUUCUUCUUCUUCUUCUUCUUCUUCUUCUUCUAUGAGCCGUUUUAUAGCAGAUUUGAAUCGAGAUUUGAAUGCCUUUUCUUCUCCGAGUCGUUUCAGAAUGCCGUUUCUUACCUCCUACUUUCUCUUUCGGCCCUCUUAUUCCUCCUUUCUCUCUUGAUUUCCAACCUCCUACCUUUGCUUUUUCACUCCAGCAUAUUCCUCCUGCUCCUUUUACUUUUCUUAGCUCCUACUUUCCUCUCUCACUCCCACUUAUUCCUCGUCCCCCUUCUACUCUUCUUACCUCCUUUUUUUCCUCUUUUACUCCCACAUACUCCCGCUUAUUCGUCCUCCUUUUUUUUGUUUACUUACCUCCUACAUUUUUUUCUUACCCCCUGCUUCCCUUUCUCACUCCCGCGUAUUCCUCCUGCUCCUUCUUCUUUUCUUGCCUCAUACUUUCCACUCUCCCCACCUCUUAUUCACCUCCUCUCUCUUGUUUUUUUGCCUCCUACUUUUCCUAUUUCACAUGCGCUUUUAUCGCCUGCUCUUUCUAUUUUUGUUACCUCUUACUUUACUCUUUCGCCCCAUUUUAAACAUCUUUCUCUCUCUUGUUUUAUUACCUCCUCCUUUCCUCUCUCACUCCCGCAUAUUUCUCCUGCUCCUUCUACUUUUCUUACCUCAUUCUUUCUUCGCUCACACACGCUUAUUCCUCCUCCUUCUUCCACUUUUCUCAUCUCCUCCUUUCCUCUCUCACUCCCACUAAUUCCUCCUGCUCCUUCUACUUUACUUACCUCAUUCAUUCCCACUUAUUCCUUCUGUCUCUUGUUUUUACCUCCUACUAUUCCUUUUCUUACCCGUGCUUAUAUGCUCCUGUUGCUAUUCUUACCUCUUACUUUACUCUUUCACUCAUCUUAUUCCUCCUCCUCCCUCUUCUUUUCUUACCCCCUGCUUCCCUUUCUCACCCCCGCUUAUUCCUCCUUCUCCUUCUUCUUUUCUUACCUCAUUCUUUCCACUUUCCCCACCUCUUAUUCACCCCCUCUCUCUUGUUUUUUUUUUACCUCCUACUUUUCCUUUUUCACAUGCGCUUUUAUCGCCUGUUCUUUCUAUUUUUCUUACCUCUUACUUUACUCUUUCGCCCCAGUUUAUUCCUCCUUCUCUCUCUUGUUUUAUUACCUCCUGCUUUCCUCUCUCACUCCCGCUUAUUCCGCCUGCUCCUUUUACUUUACUUACCUCAUUCAUUCCCACUUAUUCCUUCUCUCUCUUGUUUUUACCUUCUACUAUUCCUUUUAUUCCUUUUUACGCGUGCUUAUACCUCCUGGACUUACUUCUGUUCUUACCUCUUACUUUACUCUUUCACCCAUCUUAUUCCUCCUCCUCCCUCCUCUUUUCUUACCUUCUGUUUCCCUCUCUCACUCCCGCUUAUUCCUCCUGCUCUUUCUAUUUUUCUUAUCUCUUACUUUCCUCUUUCUCGCCCUGUAUAUUUCUCCCUCUAGCUUUCUUACCGUUAACAUUUUCUCCUUCAUAACCUAUUUUUUAAAUAAUUUUAACACCUGCUCUCUCGACAUUUCUUUCCUCUGUCACAAUUUCCUUAUUCCCCUGCUUCACCUCAACCUUUGUUUGUACAAAAUGUUUGUUGACAUUGAGUAUGUCGUUCAAAGUGAAGAAACAUGGCGGACUUUUACUUUGCCGCCUUUUUUCUUUUCUUUCCUUGUCAUGUUAGAAACGAAUUUGUUGUUUUAA